AUGCUCGACCAUGGAGCCCCGGAGAACGCGGUCAGUGACCCGAUCGGAUACUUGCGACACCGGAUGCGCCACUCGGCGGCCCAUGUUAUGGCAGAUGCCGUAUUGCAGUGGUUUCCGGAAGCCAAGGUCGCGAUCGGGCCACCCACCGCGGAUGGGUUUUAUUACGAUUUCCAGGUGGAGCGUCCUUUUACUCCGGAAGACCUGGAACAAAUCGAAGCGUUGAUGAUUGACACCAUCAAGGCGGAUGCCCCGUUUGUUCGCGAGGAGUUGAGUCGGGAUGGGGCGCGAUCCAUGUUCUUGGAGCAACCGUUCAAGCAGGAGAUAAUCGACGACCUGCCCGACGAAACUACGCUCAGCAUUUACCGUCAUGGCGAGUUCACUGAUUUGUGCCAGGGUCCUCACGUUGGUCGCACCGGCGAGAUAGCAGCGGUAAAGCUGUUGCACACUGCUGGAGCGUAUUGGCGCGGUGACGAGAAUCGGCCCAUGUUGCAGCGCAUCUACGGCACCGCAUUCGAGUCCCAAGAGGAACUGGAUGCCCACCUGGAAAGGUUGGCGGAAGCGGAGCGCCGCGACCACCGAACCCUGGGGCGCCAGUUGAAUUUGUUUACGGUUCACGAAGAAAUCGGCCCUGGGCUGAUCGUGUGGCAUCCCAAGGGCGGCGUGAUGCGGUCGAUCAUCGAGGAUUAUUGGCGUGACAUACACUACCGCAAGGGAUACAGCAUCGUGUAUUCGCCGCACAUUGGACGGGCGCGGCUGUGGCAGACCAGCGGACACCUGGAUUUCUAUCGGGAGAGCAUGUACGCGCCCAUGGAAAUUGAUGACCAGGAAUAUUUUCUAAAGCCGAUGAACUGCCCGUUUCACAUUCAGAUCUACCGGUCGGCGCUGCGGAGCUACCGGGAACUGCCCAUGCGGAUCGCGGAACUGGGCACCGUAUAUCGGUACGAACGCAGCGGGGUACUGCACGGUUUGAUGCGCGUGCGCGGGUUUACUCAGGACGACGCCCACAUAUUCUGCCUGCCUGAUCAGGUAGCCAACGAGGUGGGGGACGUCCUGGACCUGACCUUUGAGAUCAUGGCGGCGUUUGGAUUCGACGAAUACGACAUCAUGCUGUCAACGCGGCCCGACAAAUACGUGGGCGACCCGGAUAUCUGGGAACACGCCACCGAAUCACUGCGGGAAGCCCUGGUGUCGCGGGGGCUUGACUAUGACAUCGACGAUGGCGGCGGGGCGUUCUACGGACCGAAAAUUGACAUCAAAAUAACCGAUGCCCUGGGACGGGCCUGGCAAUGUACUACCGUUCAGUUCGACUUCAACCUGCCGGACAGAUUUGAUUUGACGUUCCAGGACGACCAGGGCAAUCGGUCGCGCCCGUAUAUGGUGCACCGGGCGAUUCUGGGUUCUCUGGAACGGUUUUUCGGGGUGUUGGUAGAACAUUACGCCGGAGCAUUCCCGCUUUGGCUGGCGCCGGUGCAGGCCGUGGUGAUACCAAUUGCCGAUCGCCACGUUGAAUAUGCGCAACAGGUUGCGGCACAAUUGCAGGAUGCGGGGUUCCGGGCCGACGUGGAUGAUCGAAGCGAGCGAAUGAACCUCAAAAUACGCCAGGCGCAGCUACAAAAAACGCCCUACAUGCUGGUGGUGGGCGAUCGGGAGGCCGAAGCAGGGGCGGCGGCGGUACGGACGCGGGAUGACGGAGAUCUGGGCGCCCUGCCUAUGGAUGAGGUGGUGGAGCGGCUGGUUGGCGAACUCGACGGCACGCCGGUGGCCAGCAGGCGACGCAGGCGUUAG